CUGGACACCUUGUAUGCGAACAUCAUUGAGUCAGAGUCGCAUGCGCCGCACAGCUGCGUUCGUUCGCCACAAUAAUGAAGUCGUUAAGCAGGGCCGAACGUUUCAGAAAACACAGUGUUAGCGUACAUAGUUAUGUAUAAGUCUUAUUAUCGUCGCGGUCGUACAGUACGACUUCUGUGUUUGUUUUUUCAUUACGAGUAGAUGUGAUGAAGAUGCGAAGAAUUCGGUAAAAGAGUAAAUAUUUGACCGCCGGUAGUUGGUGAAGUGUUGUUGGGUAUUAACGUAAAAUGUCGUCGAUUGAUUUGGAUUGUUUUAACGAUGAAUCGGACCGAAUUAAGUUACCCAAGAAGCAGGAGACUGUUGAUAUACAUUUCGAGGAUAUUUCUUAUACGGCUGUGAGAAGAAGUUUCGAUUUUUGGAGAUGUGAAAAAAAAGACAUCCUGAAGAAUGUAAACGGCGAUUUUCAAAGUCGUAAAUUGACCGGAAUAAUCGGACCGUCCGGUAGCGGCAAAACCACCUUAUUGGAUAUCGUUUCCGGAUACAGAUUACGAGGUGUAUCGGGUUACGUGUAUGUUAACGGCGGCCAGAGGAACAUCAAAAAAUUAAUCAAACAAAGUUGCUACAUUAUGCAAGAUGAUAAACUACAACAAUUAAUUACCGUUCACGAAGCGAUGACGUUCGUAUCCAACGUUAAAUUAGAUGUUAGCGUAACAAGAAACGAAAAACAAAGUAAAAUAGCAGAAAUAUUAAAAAAUUUAUCGCUAUCCGAAUGUCAUCAAACUCUAACCAAAAAUCUAUCCGGAGGUGAACGAAAGAGACUAGCUAUUGCUUUAGAAUUAAUUAGCAAUCCGCCCGUGUUAUUUUUGGACGAACCUACCACCGGUUUAGACAGCAAAGCAGCCCGACAGUGUUUAGAAGUGCUGCAGAAUCUGGCGUUCGAAGGCAGAACUGUGAUUUGCACCAUUCAUCAGCCUAGCGCGUUGUUGUUGAAUAUGCUACAUAAUAUUUACGUACUUUCGAACGGAUAUUGCAUUUAUCAAGGAACUGUUAAUAAUCUGCUGGCGUAUUUGUCGUCGAAUAAUUUCAUCUGCCCGGUUUAUUAUAAUCCUGUCGAAUAUGUGAUCGAAUUAUGCGUUUUGGGAUCAAGUGAUUACACGGAGACCUUGAAAGACGCAAUCAGAAACGGAAAAUCACAAGAGUGGUUAGAUUCUCCAGCAUGUUGGAGUAAUAUACCUCUGAACACCUUGAACUUGAGAGCAAUUCAACGAAACGAAUUGGAGAACGAUUUUCGUUACGCUACCUCGCUUAGAACUCAAAUCAGUCAUUUAUUGAACAGAAUUUUAGUAACUUCUUUGAGAAAUCAGUUCCUGACUCGUCUCCGAAUGAGUAUAAAUAUUUCAGUCGGCGUAGUAUUGGGAUUAUUUUUCCGUAAUAUUGGAAAAGACGCAGCUCAAACGUCGAAUAAUUUUAAUUUAUUAUUUUUUUGUCUUUUAUUCGUCAUGUUUAACGCAUUGACUUCGAAAAUAAUCACUUUUCCAGAUGACCUGCCUGUGAUCAGACGAGAGCAUUUCAAUCGAUGGUAUUCUCUCAAAGCUUAUUUUAUAUCGACAACUCUUGGCGAUGCGCCUAUUCAAGUUAUAAGCACCACGAUUUUCAUAAGCCUGGUGUACGUGUUAUCCGGCCAACCGUUAGACUGGUGGAGAAUUAUUAUGUUUUUGACCAUAAUAAAUUUAAUAGCGUUAUUGUUUCAAGAUUACGGUAUCUUAGUCGGUACUUUAUUAAGUGUCGAGAACGGAUUGAUAUUUGGGCUGUUUACAAUAUCACCGUGGGUCAUGUUUUCCGGAUUCUUUUUGUAUUAUAGGGAUGCAGAAUGGUAUUUUCAAUGGCUUUAUGAUAUAUCGGUGCUGAGACAUGGGCUCGAAGGGCUUAGUAUCGCGGUGUAUGGAUAUGGACGUAGAAGACUGCCAUGCUCAAAAAUAUUCUGUUAUCACAUUUCUCCGAAAGAGUUUCUACAAUUCGUUGAUAUCAAAGAAUGCACAUCAAUUUUAGGUUUUAAUAUCGACAGAUAUCUGAUAAAUCUUGUCUACAUUUUGAUUUUAUUUUUAGUCGUAAAGAUGACAUGUUACUUUGUACUGAGACGUAAACUUCGUUCGUAAAAAAUGACGAAUGAAUCGAACUAGUCAUUAACAUUACCAAAUUUUCCAUUGAUUUCUUUUUUUUAUUACUUGUUACGUGAAUACAUGUUCUUUCAUUUUGUGUA